CAGAAACGGUGGUUGAGUAUAACCAGUUUCUGUGGUAGACACAUGAUUAAGUUGAGCGGGUACUAAACACGCAGUAUGUGAAGGAGCACGAGGCUGGACAGAGACUGACGAUGUGGAAUGGAGGUGAACAGUACGAUGAGCCGGGUGAUUUCGACGAAGACAGCACAGAGAUGACAGUUGGGCAUGGAAAUGUAAUGCAAAAAUUACAAAUAUCUAAUAAUAUACAGAUAAACGUGAAAGUGACUCCUAUAAUUGAGAAGACAGCUGGUUACAAUGCUACAGUGGAGAAGGAGACAGAAAAUCUAAAGCUGUUGGUGACAAAGAGUGAGUAUGAUACAGUAGCGGAGAGCAUAACUGAAAAAAUGAACGAGAUUGUUGCUGGUGUUACUAACAAGGAGGAUGAGAAUGAGGCGGGAGAAGGGGGUGGAAGCGGUACAGCAUACUUUGUUUGGGUUGUAAUUGCCGGGUUACUGAUUAUUAUCAUCAUAAUAUGCAUCUGGACAUGUUACAGGAAUACUCGGAGUGGUGGUUAUAGAGACCGGAAGGACUCGGAACAUGAUGGUUGGUUUCAGCGGAUAUGUCGGAAGGAUGGGAAGAAUAAGAGAGAACCGGAGAUUGAAAUAAGGGUUGUUGGGAGAGAUGGUUUGACGGAGACAGGCGGAGGAUCAGGGUAUCUUACCCCAAUCAUGAUUAGGCGUGCUGAGGGGGAGCAGAUUAGCUCUGAAUUAGAGCGGAGACGGAGCGUAGCUGUCGAACGGAAGGAUUGUACGGGGUUGAUGAACUGGAAUUAUUCAAGCGCUGAGCUCGAGGACAGUUUGUAUGAAGAGGUACAAGGGCCAGAGGAAGGUGAGGAAACGGGCGACGGAGGGCGCAUGGGGACCACAGAUGAGCACGACAGUCAGAGAGGACAGGUUAUAAACGGGGUUCCAGGGGGUAAUGAUACAUCGAAUUGCGCAGACAACGGUAAAGGAGAGAGGGUUGACGGAGGAGCAUGAAAAACGAAUGUACAGGCUGGGGUUGAGAAGUCAACAUACAGGUAUGAAAACGUCCUUGAGCUACCUAUGGUAUCUAUGCCGUUGGGAAGCAGCCAUAUUGGAGGACAGGAUCAGUAUGGAUUUAAGGAGAUGCGGCUGAACGGUAUAAACGACGAUGCAAGAUUGGAAUCAUUGAAUAGUUUUGCUGAAGGGGUGAGAAAAGCUAUUGCUAAUGUGGACGCAGCUUGUCGGGACGGUGAGGAGAGGUUGGUUCCAGUUCUGGAGGAUUUGGAGGACAAGAUGUUGGCAGAGAAAGCCAAGGAGCAAGAGUCAAUGUUGCGAGUACAGCAGUUCUAUGAAGCAACACCCAGACGAAGUGCUCGGUUGGCCAAAAAAAGGUUGAAUUCGAAGGAGUAGGAGAGGAUACAUGGAGAAAGAAUUAUAAGAGAAAAGAAAAUUAAGACAUUAUGUGAUAAGUCUAGUUGGCCGAAGGCAAUUUAGUAUAAAUGUUCUGAAAUAAAAGUUAAACGAAAGUGAA